CUGCUAAAAUAACCCUGUGAGGUAAGCACCCAGAGCAUCCAGGGAUCACUGGUAUACAAACUGUUCCCUUGCAGAUGAGAAGCAUCAGAGUGGGAUAGGGUGGCAUCCCAGAUUCAGAGAGGAUAACUCACACAGCGAUAUACUCACCUCAUAUCCCCUCAUUUCACCUCACGUCACCUCUACUGCUGAACCUGUCAGAGGAGAGACAAGAGAGACAGAGCCUAACGUGAGCGCUCUUCAUCCAUUCACCUCAUCCGCCCCCACCAGAGGAAGAUGAUGCAAUCAGUGUAUGAUAACCUGUCCAAGCAGAGGAUGCAGCAGGCCAAGGCUCUGCGUACAGAGGCCAGGGGAGGAGGUCUGAACUUGGGGAAGAAAAUCAGUGUUCCCAAGGAUGUGAUGAUGGAGGAAUUGAACCUUCCGUCAAACCGCGGCUCCCGCAUGUUCCAGGAGAGACUGAGACGGGUGGAGAGAUUCACACUGGAGAACCAAGUCCAUGACCAUUACAGCAAUGGCCUUCCAGAGCCCAUGCCCCCCCAGACUAUAGAGGAGCCCCAGGGGGGUAAAGAGAACCAGGCAUACCUGAUGCCUGGCAAACACAGCCUGAUCACCACCCUACAGAAGACUGUGGCCAAGAAGGGCAGCCCUAACGUCAUCGCCCCAGGCUACGGGGGACCCCUGAAGGAGAUCCCCUGUGAGAAGUUCAACCUGACAACCAGGUCCUACUGUUCCCCUUGGAGGGAAGCCCUGGGUGACAGUGACAACCUCCUGUCCUCCCUCAGCGCCCAGCUCCCCCAGCCCCCACAGAGGGCCACACUACUGCCUGCCAACUACAGGUGCUUCAACAGAGUGGCCAUGCCAUUCGGAGGCCCACAGCAGAAGAGUAAGAGGGUGAUCCCAGUGAUGGGGUUGGAGCUGUUGGACUCCCAGCGCCUCCCUGGUACGACCCUGGACCGCAUGUGUAAACGGCCCAACUUCAACAGAGCACCACGGGGAUGGGGUCACGACUACUCCCCUGAAUCCACCGACCUGUGAGAGGACCUCCACUCACCUAUGACCUUCAAACUUCCUGUGACCUUUGUGAAAUCACAGCCUGAAAGACUGAAGCAUUGAUUUGCUCUUAUUACCCUUCCUCGUCCCUCUCGAUUCAAAGAUGACCCCCUCUGGAGUAGGUAGAAGUUGACCCAAACUAUUUUUACAUUAAGAUGCUUUAAUCUAUUUAAUGGUUAUAUUAGGAUAAGGGCAGAUCUGUGGUUAGGGGCGACUUCUACCUUGAUCCCUCUGUUAUUCAGUCAGUGCCAUAGGGAAAAGACUGAAUGAUAAGAUUGUUUCCUGAUGAGAGCUCUGUGGAUAGGCCUGUGUGGAGGCCAACUGAGGACUUCUGAAUCAAUCAACAGUUCAUUAUGAGAGCGGAGCCCAGGCCAACGAAGGCCAGUUGAGGGGAGAGGUGAUUUGUCACUCUUCUUUCCGCCUCUAACAAAACGCCCUCUUCCUUAACCCCCCCCAUUUCUCUCAUUUCUCCCAUCACUACAUGACCUUUCCUUUGGCUCCCUUCCCUCUCUCCUAACAUCACACUUCCCUCCCUCCGUCUGACUUCCCCUCUGUUCAUAAAGGAUUGAUAGUGAGAUAUUGAUUGCUUUAAAUGUAAAUGAGAGUACUUGUUUUAAUGGCAGAAGUGGACAAAACAUUACAAUAAUAAACCAAAUCAUUUUGUGGAAAAUGAACAUUGUAUCAAAAAACAAAUC